AUGGGGGAUUCCUCUGAGGCAGAAUUUACGGAAUCUAUAUCAGUUCCAGGAGCUGAGAGUUCUCAUAAGCAGAAGGAUCAGCCUAUUUCUAUCUUGAACAACCGUUGUAUGAGUGGUGGUCGAGGGAUGAGCGUUAAAAGUUCAACCAGCGGUGUGCCGCAGCAACAGGCUCCAGUGUUCCAUGGAGUGGUGGUAGGGGAUGAAAGGGUAGCGGGAGGUAGUGGUGCUGUUAAUGGUGCUAAUGAGGGUGUUGCAACCGGAGAGAGGUCGAUUCAGGCUACUCCAGUAAAAUUUGAUACGGGUACGCUAGUUGGGCCAGGUACCGCCAAAGCGUAUAUUAAUCAAUACAGUACUACGGAGCCGGUUAAUCUCGGUUUGAUGGAGCAGAAGAUCAAGUUGGUCACGCAUGGGCUUGAUGUAUCUCCUGAUUCUUCGUUGAUGGGAAGUAAUUCUGGAGCUAACUCUCCUACAUCUUUUUCCAAGACACCCACAGGGGGUGUCGUUGCGGUUUCCUUUACGGUUCCAUGUAAUGCAGAAAAGAUCUCUCACAGAGGUUCUAUUUCUACACGGCCUCCUAACGCGGCGGCCAAGAACAGUAUUAGUGGUUCUGGCGCGCAUGCAGGUGCACCACCGGCUGGAUCAGUACCUCAUAUGGGGGUAGGGACCGGGGGACAUGCCACAGAAUUGCAUACCAAUGAUAGCGAUUCUUCUGCCGAACUCUCUCGACAGAAUUCUAUCGUGCACAUGCCAGGUGACUUUAUUUACUUUGAUCAUCCUUUUCAUGCUCCUUUGACGCCUCUUUCGCCCCCUCAGGCCAGUGUGAACUCUUCACUUGUGAAACGACACCAUCACCACGUCAGUAAUAAAGCCAUUAUUGGCGAAGAUAACGGUCCGCAGGUUCCUUUUACCAAGUUUUUUCAAAAACAGGAUGAUGAAAAGAUACACAUUUUGAUCGGCGCUACUGGUUCAGUGGCCACUUUGAAGGUUCCUUUGAUCAUCGACAAGCUAUUUAAGAUUUACACACCUGACAAGGUUUCUAUUCAAUUGGUGGUUACCAAAAGGGCAGAGCACUUUUUGAAAGGACUAAAAAUAAGUAAAGAUGUCAAGUUAUGGAGGGAUGAGGACGAAUGGUUCGGUUUUAAGAGACCGGGUGAUCCUGUUUUACAUAUUGAAUUACGCAAGUGGGCAGAUAUAUUUCUAAUUGCACCGUUGUCUGCCAACACCUUGGCAAAGGUUGCGAACGGUAUUUGCGACAACCUAUUAACAUCUUUGCUACGAGUAUGGAAUCCUAGUACCCCAGUCAUUGUGGCUCCUGCCAUGAACACAUUUAUGUAUGCGCACCCCGUGACUAGCAAGCACUUGAAGAUACUACGAGAAGACGCUCCGUAUGUUCAGGUCCUAAAACCCGUAGAGAAGGUUCUUGUUUGUGGUGAUAUAGGGAUGGGUGGAAUGAGAGAGUGGAUAGAAAUAGUUGAAAUUUUGGUGAAAAGCAUUUCUAAAUCAAGUGGUUUGAAUCAACUGUCACAAGGCGACAAAGACGACCAAGAAAAUGAUGCAGAGGAGGUAGAAGACGACGAUGAUGAACGACGUCACGAGGGUGAGGAAACAGAUGACACCGAUGCUACCGACUUGUCAUCUGGAGAUGCAUUCGAAGAUGAAGACGACGACCAAGGUGAAGAUGAGUCUCAUACACGUGAAGAUAAUAAUCAUAAUGAAACAAAGAACUCCGGUUCUACGAGUUUCCAAGCAUACAAUACUAAUCAAACCUCUCACAUCCGAUAA